CUCUGUCCGUCGAUGUCAAAUCUUGUGAUCAAAUUUAACCGUACAGAGUUCUCCCUCUAGAAAAUUCCAUACACGGUGUGUCGGUGGCCAAUGGUGGGGGGCACAACCCGCGCUAACCAGUGAGUUCCUCACGGCGGAGUCUUCUCCUCCACCCUUCUGACACCUUUUUCCAAAUUUCACAGACACGGCGGAGUCCGUACAGUCUAGGAUUUUGGUUGUGUGAUCAUCAGCAUCCAUCGCCAUGUUCAAAACCGCAGCUUCGCGCCUUAGGGCUCUCAAGGGUCGUACAAGUACAUUCAAUAGGGGAGUGGCCAGAUUUUCAAGUUUGAAUGAUGUUGCCACGAAGCCGCCGUCCUCCUCUCCUUUUGGAGUUCUUUUUGGCUGGCUGACUGGGGGAAAGUCCAGGUCUAUGCCUCCUCUAGACUUUCCACUUUCAGGCAUCAAACUCCCACCUGCAUUGCCUGACUAUGUUCAACCAGUGGAACCCAAGAUUACAACUCUGCCAAAUGGUAUCAAAAUAGCUUCUCUGAAGUCAGAGAAACCAGCAGCUUCAGUAGGUUUAUAUGUUAAUUGUGGUUCGGUCUAUGAGACACCGGCAUCAUCUGGCGCCACUCACCUUCUGGAGCAUAUGGCAUUUAAGAGCACAAGAAACCGAAGCCAUUUGCGUAUUGUGCGGGAGGUGGAGGCAAUUGGUGGCAACGUGCAGGCCUCAGCUUCUCGGGAGCAGAUGGCUUACACCUUCAAUGCUCUAAAGACUUAUGUUCCUGAAAUGGUAGAGCUUCUUAUUGACUGUGUUCGGAACCCUAUUUUCCUGGACUGGGAGAUCAAUGAGGAGCUUCAGAAGGUGAAACAUGAUAUUAGUGAAGCCUCCACCAACCUUGAAGCCCUUGUUUUGGAAGCUGUUCACUCUGUUGGUUACAAGGGUGGCUUGGCAAAUCCACUUUUAGCCCCAGAAUCUUCAAUUAGUAGACUGAACAGUAACAUUUUGGAGGAAUUUUUAUCUGAAAAUUAUACUGCUCCUCGAAUGGUACUUGCGGCUUAUGGUGUUGAACAUGAGGAGCUUCUAAAAAUUGCAGAACCACUUUUGUCUGAUCUCCCCAGUGUCCCUCCUGCCAAGGAGCCAAAAUCUGUGUAUACUGGAGGUGAUUACCGUGGUCAAGGUGAUUCAGGGGAAACUCAUUUUGCUCUUGCAUUUGAACUUCCUGGUGGUUGGCUCAAUGAGAAGGAUGCAAUGAUUGUGAAUGUUCUUCAGGUGCUAAUGGGAGGAGGUGGAUCUUUUUCAGCUGGCGGACCUGGAAAAGGGAUGCACUCACGUCUAUAUUCUCGUGUGUUAAAUCAACAUUUAGAAUUACAUUCCAUUUCAGCAUUCAGUAGCAUCUACAACAAUACUGGCAUUUUUGGCAUCCAAGCUGCCACUGGUUCAGAUUUUGUCACAAAAGCCAUUGAUAUAGCAGCUAAUGAGCUUAUUGCGAUUGCAACACCUGGAGAAGUCGACCAGGUACAGCUAGAUCGUGCUAAAAAGUCAACAAAGUCCUCCAUUCUUAUGAAUUUGGAAUCCAGAAUGGUUGUUGCAGAUGAUCUUGGGAGGCAAAUUCUGACGUACAAUGAAUGGAAACUGAGCCAACUCUUGAAGGCUGUGGAUGAGGUUUCUUUGGAGGAUAUUGCUUCAAUUGGUCAAAAGCUUUUAUCUUCCCCUCUUACAAUGGCAUCAUAUGGAGAUGUUACUAAAGUCCCAAGCUAUGACUCAGUCAGCAAAAAGUUCCAUGUAAAAUGAGUUGGUUUCAUGCACUGAACUGGGUAGUAACCUGAUUCGUAGUGUUUCAACGUAUGCAUUUACAGAGCUCCUAUACAAGAAUUUCAGAUAAACGAGGAAACUUUGUACAUUAUUUCAGAGUGUCAACCAAUAAAUUGAUGAUUCUGGAUAAGCAGCAUUUUGAUACGUACGGCUUAUAUAAAUUUUUGUUGGUAGAGUUUGUCAGGCUGUGAGUUGCAGUGCCAUGUAUGAUCUGUCAUAUAUAUUUUUAGCUUGAUUUACCCGAUAACCCGACGCAAUUCAAGCUAUUGUGAUUAGUAUUAUAAUCAUUAUUAUUAA